GAGUUUUGCACGAGUUCUUCUUCGUAGCUGUUCGACUUCUCCUUCGACGACGUUCCCUUCCUGUUGGAGCGGAGUUACGACAUUUUUUGAUCGGAAGCAACAACGGGAGCUCGCUUUCUGUGAAGGAUUAGGUUUGGGAUCAUGACUAAGGAAGGAAGUUUUAAUGAAAAAGAUGACAUGGAAAUUGAUUUACAUUCUUCAGGGAAUCAACAACUGAAGAAAUGCUCUCAUGAAUUUAGCUUUGACUAUCUUAAAGUUUAUUAUGGAAAGCUCUUUCCAUAUUCUGAUAUAUUUAGAUGGAUGUCGUACGGGAAUGAUGGAAAACAUCCUGCAUGUGAUGAAUCCUACUUCAGUCGAAGAGAAUUUUCUUUCACAUUGGAGAAUGAUGUGUACCUCCGUUUUCAGUCAUUCAAAAGUGCAACUGACCUUGAGAACUCUAUUAAGGAGAAAUGCCCUUCCAAGAUUGACAUUGGACCCGUGUAUAGUGUAGAUCCUUCAAAAAGGCAUGCAUAUGUGCAAGCUGGAAAUAAUGUAUUCACACCUGUUGAGAGGGAGCUGGUUUUUGAUAUUGAUAUCACUGAAUAUGAUGAUAUUAGAUACUGCUGUUCUGGUUCAGAUAUCUGCUUGAAUUGUUGGCCCUUAAUGGCAAUUGCCAUUAAAGUGAUAGACACUGCUUUAAGAGAUGAUUUUGGAUUCAAUCACAUUUUGUGGGUAUAUAGUGGCCGUCGUGGUGUUCAUUGUUGGGUUUGUGAUGGUAGGGCUAGAAGGCUGAGCAAUGAAGCGAGGUCAUCUAUUACAGACUAUUUCCAUGUAUAUAAGGGUAGUGAAAAUGGAUUGAAGAAAGCAUCAUUAACAGGCCUAGCUCUUCACCCUUUUCUUGCGAGAGCGUACACAGAUGUCUUGCUAGACUAUUUUGAGAGGACACUGAUACACAACCAAAAGCUAUUUUCUGUUGAAGAUAGAUACGAAAAGAUCCUUGAUAUCAUUCCAGAUAAAUCUGUUGCUUCAGAGAUACAUGAGAAAUGGCAAGGGAAUAAGAGAUCUUCCACUUCUGAAGAAGGUCGAUGGGACCAAUUAAAGAGCAUGUUGCAGUCUGGAAAGCAUAAGGGACUCCGUAGGUGUGUUGAAGAGAUUGUUUUCUCUUACACCUUUCCAAGAAUUGACAUGGAGGUUUCAAAGCAUAUGAACCAUUUGCUGAAGGCACCUUUCUGUGUACACCCAAAAACAGGACGUGUCUGUAUUCCUAUUGAUCCUAAGCAUUGCGAUGAUUUUGACCCUACAUCUGUGCCGACCCUUUCUUUGCUAUUAGAAGAACUUAAUGCGGGUGGUGUGCAAAUGGACGUUGAAAAUGACUGGGAAAGAACUUCGCUUGACCAAUCCAUCAUGUUUUUCAGGUCAUCCUUCCUGCAGCCAUUGAUGAAGUCUUGUAAGGAGGAGAUGGAGAGUUCAUACAGUGCAAGAGUCCAACAGUCUAAUAAGAGUUCCUUGGGCUGGUAGGCCCGGUUUCUUUUAUUAUCAGUCAAUUGGAACAAGAUGGUUGUAAUUUAAUUUUCAAUUUUUCUAUGGUUCUGCAUUUUGGUAUAUUUGAU